UAAUGUUUUCCUUCCUUCACUGAGAUAGUGUACAAUCGCGAGAAUUUGUACGUUCACGGAAUUUACGGUGGCCCGUUAGUGCGUGAGACUAGUGCAAGCGAAUGCCAAUGAGCAAGGACGUACUGUACCAGGGCAAAGAUGCAACCUGUCGAGUCUCUCCUCCACAGUGGCUAUUUCCACCCAACACUCAGAUACUGGCAGACCUGUGCCUCAGACUUGAGACCUGAGAACCUCAUCUACCCCAUCUUCAUCACUGACAGCCCUGAUGCUGUGGAGCACAUCGCUAGUCUACCUGGCCAGGCCAGAUAUGGAGUGAAUAAACUGGAGGGCAUGCUACGCCCCCUUGUGGAAAAGGGUUUGAAGUGUGUGCUGAUUUUCGGAGUGCCUGCAAAAAUAGCUAAGGAUGAGAGAGGUUCGGGUGCAGACACAGACAAUACUCCGGCUGUGUUGGCUGUGAAGAAGAUAAAGUCUCUUUUCCCUGACCUGCUGAUGGCCUGUGACGUCUGCCUCUGUCCCUACACCUCACAUGGACACUGUGGAAUUUUGCGGGAGGAUGGCACUCUGGACAAUGGUGCCAGUUGCCAACGUUUGGCAGAAGUGGCAUUGGCCUAUGCCCGUGCUGGUUGUCACAUCAUUGCACCCUCUGAUAUGAUGGAUGGGCGAGUGGGAGCUAUCAAACAUUCACUGAUGUCCAAUGACAUGGGCAACAAGGUGUCAGUGCUGAGUUACAGUGCCAAGUUUGCUUCCUGUUACUAUGGUCCCUUCAGAGAUGCAGCACAGUCCAAGCCAGCAUUUGGAGAUAGGCGCUGUUAUCAGCUGCCCUCCGGUGCAAGGGGCCUGGCACUACGAGCUGUGGACAGAGAUGUCAAGGAGGGAGCAGAUAUGCUGAUGGUGAAGCCAGGACUGCCCUAUCUGGACAUAGUGAGGGAGGUCAAAGACAAGCACCCCACUCACCCACUGGCAGUGUAUAAUGUGUCAGGGGAGUUUGCCAUGCUGUGGCAUGGGGCCCAGGCUGGAGCUUUUGACCUGCGCACCGCUGUACUGGAGUCUAUGACUGCCUUCCGCAGGGCAGGUGCUGACAUCAUCAUCACCUACUACACACCUCAACUGCUCACCUGGCUGAAAGAGUAACAGACAGAAGGAUGGACAUAAAGAAUGAUCAUGUGACAAACUCCUUUUUACCUAGCUGUGCAAGGCUGACCUACACUGACAAAUGGUGUCUAUUCAAACCAAACUGACAUGUGAGAACAGGCAAUCUAUCUUCAUACAUUAAUUUACAGUUUAUUUUUCUAUAUAACAUUGUUACGUCAUAUUGUUUUUUUUCUUUGUGUGCAGCAACCACUAAUUCUCACCAAAGGUGGGAGUCUUGAAGCUCGUAGACACAUUUGUAAAGCGUAUCAAAUUCGCUUUGAAGGGUUUGUCUGUUAGAUGAAAGAAUGGUAAUAUAAAAUAUGUCGAUUGUGAUUUUGUUUUAUGGGCAUUAUUUACGAUUCUAUAGUUCUCUAAAUAGAGUAUGACGAAUAUAGGCCUUGACUUUUUAUAGCUCUGUGACGUCUGUAAUAGCUCUGGCUUUAGCGCUGACAUUUAGCAGUGGUUGUAAGGUUGGGUCAAGAAACCUGUAAAGAUAUUUUUUACCAGUGUAAAUGGUCCUGUCCCAGAAAAUAGAGAUUUGUUAGAUAACAGCAAUAAAGCUACAAUCAAGUCUGAAA